CCCCUUGAUGUUGGUGUUGGUGUUGGUGUUGGUGCCCGCCCAUAUGAAGAUGAAGUUGUACUCCUACCUACGCCCCUGUUGAUAUGUGUCUUAAGAGUUGAGCCCUAUAGGCCACACUGCCCCCAAAUCGGAAUCAGGUUGGCAAAGCCUAUUUCUUCUGGAAACUCAUUGGAAGUCCCUGUGAAGGUUAGAUCUCACGUGACUAUAGACGGUUUUCGUUUUUGCUAGACAAUUGAGUUGCAAUGGUUAGCAGCAUGACUGAAAGCACAUCUCCCGCAAAACCUAAAUGGAAAAAAGUGGUUUAUGGGGGGAUGCAACCUGGUUUUGAUGACAAUCACACAGAUGAAUCUUUUCUUGAAGAUAUGGUCACUAAUGCCAAUGUUGUUAAAAGGGACUUGCUAAAAGUGAUACAGGAUUCAGUGUCCAUCUCCCAAUAUUUGUGCAUUGUAGCUCUAAUCGGGUUGGUUUGGAUCUACACCCUCAGAUCAACUCUUAAUGAAAAUUCACUUUUACUUCUUGAUGUCACCCUUCUUGGGUUGGGUUUUCUUAUUCUCCUUUUAACUCAAGAAAUGUUAUCCCUCAAUCUGUUCUUGCAUUACCUCCUCAAUGUUUCCUUUUUCACCUCUGGCCUGUAUCUUUUGGCUCCUAUCUAUCAAACUCUUACAAGAUCCAUUAGCUCAGACUCCAUUUUGGCAGUAACAUUUUCACUACUUUUGCUCCAUCUGUUCUUCCAUGACUACUUUGGAUCCACUGUAAGAACACUUGGUGCUCUAAACAGUCCGACAUUGACAAGUUGCAUUUCUUUAAAUGCUUCUAUUGUGGCCUCAGUUUUUAUUGCAUCCCGCCUUCCAUCAACUCUGCUUGUUUUUGCAAUCAUGCACUUCUCUUUGCAAGUUUUCCUUUUCGCUCCAUUGGUUACUUACUGUAUUAAGAAAUAUUCCUUCCGUUUGCACAUGUGGUUUUCUUUUGGUCUGAUGAUUGCCACCUUGGCCCUUGUUUAUACCUUGCACCUAUUUCUUUUUGUGAUGUUCUUAGGGUUGUUGAUUAUUGUAUCAGUUGUCUGUCCAUACUGGCUCAUACAGAUGCAGGAAUUCAAAUUUGAGAUCCAUGGUCCCUGGGAUGAGGCUAAGCUCUGUUUUGAUAUAAUAGAUUGAGAAUUUAAGUACCCUUAACAGUUCGCUUAUAUUCGAAAUUCUAUGUAUAAUGUCUUACAAGUUUGGUAGUAUAUGUAUGUAAUCUUCUGUAUGUACCUUAUACCACCCAAGGGACUUGAAUUUUUAUGCUACAAAUUUUACCGCUAAUUUUCAUUACAAAAUUAGUUUUAAUUUUAAUUUA